AUGUCUAGAUGUCCUCGAUUUUCGUUGACUUUCUAUUCUUUAUUUUUUAUUUUUGAUCCCUUGAGACGGAGGCUGGAGAUGAAGUUGGCAGCAGCGCAAGAGGCGGCACAAAGGGACCCUGGAUACGCGAGUCAGUACAGGAGAAGGCAGCAGAGGUCGGCCGGACUGAGUGGUCUCGGUGACUGGGCUAGCUUUGGAGGGGAGGACAACUGCAUACGUAAGCACACCCGUUUCAUAAUCGAGUGGCCGCCCUUCGAGUACGCCGUCCUUCUAACCAUCAUCGCCAACUGCGUGGUGCUCGCCCUCGAGGAACAUCUGCCCAAGCACGACAAGACCAUCCUGGCCCAGAAGCUCGAGUCGACGGAGAUAUACUUCCUCGGAAUUUUCUGUGUCGAAGCGAGUCUCAAGAUCCUGGCCCUGGGGUUUGUUCUGCACCGCGGCUCUUAUCUCAGGAACAUCUGGAACAUCAUGGAUUUUUUUGUCGUCGUCACUGGGUCUCCAGGUGGUGCUCAAGUCUAUCAUCAAAGCCAUGGCACCGUUGCUACAGAUUGGUUUGCUGGUACUCUUCGCUAUCGUGAUAUUUGCCAUCAUCGGGCUCGAGUUUUAUUCGGGUACUUUGCACAAAACGAAGGUGAUCUACCUAGUCCGUGUAAUACAGAUUACAAGCCAGACGCACCGGCAGGUUCGCAUGUGUGUGACGCAAAUGUGUCAGUGUGUCGAGAUAAUUGGGAUGGACCGAACAGCGGUAUCACCAGCUUCGAUAACAUCGGCUUCGCCAUGCUCACCGUCUUCCAGUGUAUCACUAUGGAGGGCUGGACUGCCAUAUUGUACUGGACAAAUGAUGCUCUUGGUAGCUAUUUCAAUUGGGUAUACUUUAUACCGUUGAUAGUCCUCGGGUCUUUCUUUAUGCUGAAUCUAGUUCUCGGAGUGUUGAGCGGAGAGUUUUCUAAUGAAAGAACCCGAGUCGAAAGACGAACGGCGUAUCGGAAAGCAAGGACAAAGAAACUAUUCACAACAGCUUUCAAUUCAUACUUAAAGUGGAUCACACAAGCAGAGAGUUUGCUAAGGAAAGAGAAAAAGUGGAAAAUCGGCAGUCGUUUCUAAAAAUGCGUAGACAUCAGCAGCUAGAGCGAGAACUUAAUGGCUACGUCGAGUGGAUCUGCAAAGCAGAGGAAGUUAUUCUUGCUGAAGAAAGAACAACAGAAGAAGAAAAGAUGCACAUAAUUGAAGCGAGGAGAAGAGCCAUAAAAGCACAAAGAAAAAAGUUAAAAAAUCUCGGGAAGAGCAAAAGCACAGACACGGAGGAGGAAGAUAAUGAGGACGAUCAGGGCGAUGGGUUCUCGAGAGCUUCGUAUCUCAGGUCGAGGGUCAAGAACCAGGGCGCUUGCCUUCAAUUCUGGCGUGCUGAGAAGAGAUUUAGGUUUUGGAUACGGCACACUGUUAAAACGCAGUCAUUCUACUGGUUUGUCAUUGUCCUUGUGUUUUUUAACACAGUGUGCGUUGCUGUUGAACACUACGAUCAACCACAGUGGCUUAGUGAUUUUCUUUAUCACACAGAGUUCGUAUUUCUGGGGCUGUUCAUGUGCGAGAUGUUCAUAAAAGUGUACGCCCUGGGACCGCGCAUCUACUUCGAAUCGAGUUUCAAUAGAUUCGACUGCGUGGUAAUCUGCGGCUCGAUAUUUGAAGUAAUUUGGUCGGCGGUAAAGUCCGGCUCAUUCGGUCUCUCCGUCCUGCGUGCCCUUCGACUCCUUAGGAUAUUCAAAGUCACUAAAUACUGGGCGAGUCUGAGGAACCUCGUAAUAUCGCUGCUCAACUCGAUGCGCAGCAUCAUUUCCCUCUUGUUCCUUCUCUUCCUCUUCAUCCUCAUAUUCGCCUUACUCGGCAUGCAACUAUUUGGCGGGCAAUUUAACUUUUCCACGGGGACACCGCCGACCAAUUUCAAUACUUUUCCCAUUGCGCUGCUAACUGUCUUCCAAAUCUUGACCGGUGAGGACUGGAAUGAGGUAAUGUAUCAAGGAAUCGAAUCUCAGGGUGGCCACAAAGGAGGAGGGAUGAUUUACUCCCUGUAUUUCAUCGUCCUGGUGCUCUUCGGUAACUACACCCUGCUCAACGUAUUCUUGGCUAUCGCUGUCGAUAAUUUGGCGAACGCACAAGAGUUAACAGCCGCUGAAGAGGGUCAAGAGGAGGAGGACAAGGAGAAACAAAUGCAGGAACUCGAAAAGGAAAUGGAGGCGCUGCAAAUGCCUGACGGCACGGGCCCAAAAGUUGAAAUAUCGCCGCCUAGUUCGUCGCAAAAUUUAAGUGGUAAAGGAGAGAAACAGGCGUCCGAAGAGAAAAAACAGGAGGACGACGAAGACACGGGACCAAAACCAAUGCUGCCAUACUCCUCCAUGUUUAUAUUAUCUCCGACAAACCCUGUAAGGAGAGGUGCCCAUUGGGUCGUUAACCUUCGGUAUUUUGAUUUUUUCAUAAUGGUCGUGAUAUGUUUGUCAAGUAUAGCACUCGCGACAGAGGACCCAGUUGAUGAAAACUCGCCACGUAACACAGUAUUAAAUUACUUUGAUUAUGCAUUCACGGGCGUCUUUACGAUAGAGAUGAUACUCAAGGUUAUUGAUCUGGGUAUCAUACUCCAUCCCGGCUCGUAUUUACGCGAGUUCUGGAAUAUUAUGGACGCAGUGGUUGUAAUAUGUGCCGGAGUUUCAAUGGGUUUUGAGCUAUCGGGUAAAUCCGCGGGCCAAAAUUUAUCAACUAUUAAGUCACUUCGUGUAUUACGAGUAUUAAGACCAUUAAAAACAAUAAAACGUGUGCCGAAACUUAAAGCAGUGUUUGAUUGUGUCGUUAACAGUUUAAAAAACGUCAUUAACAUUCUCAUCGUGUAUAUAUUGUUUCAAUUCAUCUUUGCCGUCAUAGCAGUACAGUUGUUCAAUGGUAAAUUUUUCUACUGUAGCGACGAAAGUAAACGUACCAAAGAAGAUUGCCAGGGUGAGUAUUUUGUCUUCGAGGAGGACUCAUCACUGCCUCAAGCGAGAAAACGAAUAUGGCAGCCACAAAGCUUUCAUUAUGAUAACGUAAUGGCGGCGAUGUUGACGCUAUUUGCCGUGCAGACCGGCGAAGGUUGGCCGCAAAUUCUUCAACAUUCUAUGGCAGCAACUCACGAGGACGAAGGUCCUAUUCACAAUUUCCGUAUCGAAAUGUCCAUAUUUUACAUUGUAUACUUCAUUGUAUUUCCAUUCUUCUUCGUAAACAUAUUCGUCGCUUUAAUUAUUAUUACUUUUCAAGAGCAAGGUGAGGCUGAAUUGCAGGACGGUGAAAUUGAUAAAAAUCAGAAAUCGUGUAUAGAUUUUACAAUAGGAGCGAGACCUCUCGAGAGGUAUAUGCCGAACAAGCGGAAUAGUGUAAAGUACAAAAUAUGGAAAAUAGUAGUGUCAACGCCAUUUGAAUAUUUCAUCAUGAUUCUCAUCGUUUUGAAUACUCUUCUGCUCAUGAUGAAGAAUUUCUUCAAAGAUCCGUGGAACACAUUCGACUUCAUUACUGUUAUCGGAAGUAUCGUGGACGCUCUGGUCGUUGAAUUCGGGGAAAAUUUCAUCAACGUCGGGUGUCUUAGGCUCUUUCGUGCCGCUAGACUGAUUAAAUUACUGAGACAAGGAUAUACAAUACGAAUUUUACUUUGGACAUUCGUACAAUCCUUCAAGGCGCUGCCUUACGUAUGUCUGCUCAUAGCGAUGCUUUUCUUCAUUUACGCAAUUAUAGGAAUGCAGGUUUUUGGAAAUAUUGCGCUGGAUCCAGAGACCUCGAUAUAUGAGCAUAAUAACUUUCAAAGCUUUAUACAGGGUCUAAUGUUACUAUUUCGGUGUGCAACGGGUGAAGCCUGGCCGAGUAUAAUGUUAUCGUGUAUAAAAGAGCGGAAGUGCGACCCUAGAGCAAAGCAAGAUUCCGAGGGCUGCGGAUCGAAUCUAGCUUAUGCUUAUUUUGUAUCGUUUAUAUUUUUCUGUUCAUUUCUGAUGCUUAAUCUCUUUGUCGCCGUUAUCAUGGACAACUUCGACUACCUCACUCGCGACUCAUCUAUUCUCGGAGCUCAUCAUCUCGAUGAGUUUGUGAGAAUUUGGGCAGAAUAUGAUCCGAACGCAACGGGUAGGAUCCAUUUUUCAGAAAUGUAUGAUAUGUUAAAAAAUAUGGAUCCGCCUCUUGGGUUCGGGAAUAAAUGUCCCAAUAGAUUAGCCUAUAAAAAACUCAUCAGGAUGAACAUGCCUGUUGAUGAUGAGUGUAAAGUCGCUUUUACAACGACACUCUUUGCCUUGAUUAGAGAAAAUCUCAGUAUCAAAAUGAGAGUCGCUGAAGAGAUGGACCAAGCUGAUGAAGAAUUAAAAGAUACAAUUAGAGCUAUUUGGCCAUUGCAAGCGAAAAAAAUAUUAGACCUUUUGAUACCUAGGAAAGAAGAAUUAUCGAAAGGUAAACUAACUGUUGGUAAAAUCUAUGCUGGCCUGUUGAUCCUCGAGAACUGGAAGACAACGAGGUUUGGUCAAAUAGAACCAGCAGGCGGCCAGCAUUCAACAUUCUUCAACUGCCUGAUGGACAUGGCCGGAGUUAAUCACGGUGGUAAUAACCACCAUGGAAGCAGAUUAAACAGUCUAGAGCAGCCAGUCCUUAACAGCAAGCCCCAGGAGCUCAAGGACUCCUUGCAUGACGAAGAAGUCGAUGAAGUUGAUGAUGUUGAUGGGGAAGGAGUCUAUGGGGCUCUGCUUGGUCCAGCCCAGAAACGACGUCAACGAAGCAUCAGAUUUGAAGGAUCUACAGGAUGUAGUUAGUGAUUCACGUGUGGGAAGCCUUGAAAGUUUAACGCAUACUGGCGAUCGAAUUCAUUCGCAACCACUUCAUCCACGACUUCAUUCACGGUCACCAAGUUUAAGAAGACAUUCGCCAUUACAUAGAUCACCUUCGCCAUCGAGAAGACCAAGAUACGAUCACCAUCAACCCCAGUACCAUGAUGUUGGUUUUAGCGAUACAGUGACCAAUGUUGUGGAAAUUCAACGACACAUUCAUCAUCCACAUUCGCAGUACAAUCAUCGGCAUAAAAGAGGUCCAUGGAGCGCGUCGACGAGUCCGGCGCGAUCGCCGAGCCCGGUUCCCCGAAUGGACCACGGCCGGCACUACGGAACGACGAGCCUGGAACAGCGUUCCCGUAGCCCAAGUCCAGCGUCUCGCCGGCAGCCGAUCCACCCUCACCACCACCAUCACCCGCACCAGCACAGCUACCCGGUGCUAGUAACCCGCCGUGGGCAAGGCCGUCGUCUGCCCCCAACGCCGAACAAGCCAUCGACGCUCCAGCUGAAGCCAUCGAACAUAAACUUCCCGAAGCUGAACGCAUCGCCGACCCACGGGCCCCACCUGAUGGGCCACCACCCGGCACAAGUUCCAGUCCACCACAUGGGGAACAUUCCACCGGCGGGGCCGCCUCAGUGUCCACUCAGCUUCGAGCAAGCGGUGGCUAUGGGUCGCGGCGGUCGGCUUCUGCCCAGCCCGGUUCCCAACGGGUUCAAGCCGCCCUCAGCCGGGUUGUCCUCCAGCAAGCAAAGGAUACCCCGGUCCCGGCACUCCGACAGCGACGAAGACGAUUGGUGCUAGCCAACGUGGGACCCUGGACGGUGGUCCGGCGAUGUCCAAGCUUCUUCGCGGGGUCUUUCUGCCUGCAAAGUCAAGUGAGGCGCCGCCAAUCCAUCUUCUUAAGACUGUUGUUGUCUUAG